AUGGUCCUGCGAAUGCGCGACAUGCUGUACGAGAAUCCGCUCGAUCACUUCCUCUCGUUGUUGAUUGAUUUGCUGAUAUUUUCCGUAAAAUCCGUCUACUACGUGCUGGAAACGAUCGCCCUCACACUCACACCGUAUCAGUUUCGGAAGCUAAAGGAUAUCUCCGGCCAGGUGGUGCUGAUAACGGGUGGAGGUGGCGGCGUUGGUCGGCAGUUGGCAUUGAACUUUGCGCGUCUACGAGCGCGCGUAGUCAUCUGGGACAUCAACACGGACGCGCUGAAGGGAACGGCGGAUGCACUGGAAGCUGAAGGCUACCGGUGCCAUACCUACCUGGUGGACAUAUCGGAGCGCGAGCGGGUGUACGAGGCAGCCAAGAAGGUGCAGCAAGAAGUAGGCAACGUGCAGGUACUGAUCAACAAUGCCGGUAUCGUGGCCUGCCGCACACUCUGGGAUCUUAGCGACAAAGCGAUCGAGAGCACUUACGCCGUGAACAUUCUGUCGCACUAUUGGACGACCCGCGCGUUUCUUCCGGAAAUGAUGAACUCGAACAGUGGACACAUCGUUACGGUCGGUUCGGUGGCAGGACUGCUCGGAACUUACGGCUGUACGGAUUACAGUGCAACCAAGUUUGCCUGUGUCGGGUUCCAUGAGGCCCUCUUUACGGAGCUCAAGACACACGGUUACGAUAACAUCCACACGACCCUGGUCUGCCCGUACUACAUCAACACGGGCAUGUUUGCCGGGUGCCGACCGCGUCUCCUGCCCAUGCUGGAACCGAAGCACGUCGCCGACAGUAUGGUGCGCUCGAUACUGAAAAACGAAGUGAACUGCACGCUGCCGGACCACGUACGCAUGUUCCUGCCGCUCAAGUGUCUGCUGCCGGCGAAGAUGUGCUGGGAGCUGAUGUACCGCGUCAUGAAAGGCCCCGAAACGAUGAUGGGCUUCCGCGGUCGGGGCAAAGCGACUGCCGGGUAGAGCCAUA